AUGCCAGCACAACCCCUUAUGUGCCAGGCAGAGCUGUCACCUGUAGCAGGAGAACCUCGCUUUUGCAAGGGUGCACAAAUUCAGUCAUCAGAAGACCCUUGCUUUCGCAAGGAGAUGACUUCUCCUGCACUUCACCCAACUCAGUUGGGUACAAAGGCUUUGUGUGAUGCCUCCCAGUUGUGCAGGGAGCCAAAUCCAAGCCAAACUUACAUGGCAAAACCUGCCACGUCAUCAUUUAUGCCCGGGCUCCUCCACCCGGGCCUCAAAGCAUUACUCCUCCCAUUCUAUGUGAUGGGAAGGCAUCAGAAGCAACCAAACGAUUGCUCCUGCUCACACAGGGAGCUGUUUGGAGCUCCAGAAAAUGUGGAAAAAUCGUCCACAUCUUCAGAUUCGUCUCGCGUCACCCAUGCGACAUCCAGCUUGCAAUAUUGCAGCAAGCCAGUUCACUCCCAAGUGUAUUUGACUGGGAGUUACACAAAACCAUCAAACGAUCACUCCCACUGGCACAGGGAGCUGUUUUUGAUUCCAAAAAAUGUGGGAAAAUCUUCCACAUCUCCAGCAUCAUCUCGCAUUAACCGUGAGACGUCCAGAUUGCAAUAUAGCAGCAAUCUGGUUCACUCCCCAGUCUAUAUGACUGGGAGUUGUCAUGAACAACCAAAUGACCAUUCCUGCUUGCGCAGGGAGCCGUUUGGAGUUCCAAAAAAUGUGGAAAAAUCGUCCACAUCUACGGAAUCGUCUCGUGUCAGCUGCGAAACAUCCAGCUUGCGAUAUAGCAGCAAGCUGGCUCACUCCCCAGUCUAUGCGACUGGUAGUUUUACAAAUCGAUCAAACAACAGCUCCUGCCAGCACAGGGAGCCGUUAAUGAUCGCAAAAAAUGUGGAAAAAACUUCCACAGUGUCUACAUCGUCUCACAUUAACUGUGAGACGUCCAGCUCGCAAAAUCGCAGCAUGCUGGUUCAAUCCCCAGUCUAUGUGACUGGGAAUUGUGCAAAACAAUCAAACAACAACUCCUGCUCGCGCAGGGAGCCGUUUUGA